GCAGUUUGCUGCCUGUCACUACAUCUCGACAAAAAGAAAACAUUCGAACACUGCACCGAAGCACCCCAUACCUUAACUACAUAGUGCAGUGUGUGGAUAGAGAGUGUUUGAAUUUCUGGUGACACGAUAUGCCGAUGCAUCUGAUAAGAAAUUUUACCAAAACCGAAUAGCAAUCGCAUUCUAUCAGAGCAUCUUUCCCAUGUCAUAGACCUUCACUGGCAGCCAACGGAACGACUGAUCUCUAUCUAAAUGAGACUGCCAAACAGGGCCUGAUUUCUCCUACGCAUUAUAGUUCGAUUGCAUUGAGGCCAUUGAUAACUGGGAGAUGAUAUCGAGACUGCUGUACCUGGUGCUGUUGGCCUUGUGUGUUCACCAUCAGGACACCGAAGCCAGCACGCAUUGGCUGUUGAACACCAACGGGCAGAUCAUUCCACAGCUGACAUCGCCCUUCUAUCUGCGUCGGUCGUACGAUCUGAUCGCCUUCCUCAACCAGAAUGUCUAUAAGCAGAAAAUAGAUCUGAUUAUCAGCGAGCUGUUGGCAAUCAAGUCGAAUCUCACCGCCAAGAUGAACAACCUGGACGCGUACACCAAUGACCUGACGACGAAAAUCGGUUGUAUACCAAAUUUCUACUUGGACGAGUCCGAUAUACUCAGCACAAUCAUCAACAUGAACUACAUCAAUCGGAUAACAAUCCCAGAUAAGGGAUCAGCGGCAGCUGGGGCUGCCAGCUCAAAGGCUGUGGCAACCAAAGGGAAAAAUCCUACGCCCAAGUGCGGUGACUACUUGAAGCUGGACUUUAGUCUUGGCAGCUUCGAUCACCUGGAUGGCGUUUACAAUCGAUCUCAGUUGAAAAUGGCCCCAGAGGAUAUGUUCAAAUCACUAGACUUUUACGUACCUUCGGUCAAAUCGCCACAAACUUUGGCGGACGAUUUGCGGAAGAACUCUCACUCCUGGAAAUAUCACACCAUUGCAUCGUACUACUGGCGAAAGAAGGGAAACGCCCGGGAAGCGUUGGAGUGCGCUCGGAGGGCGGUGGUGCUGGCACCACGCAAGUACAAAGACAUAGCGCUGCUCAGUAUGGGCACCAUACUGCAGCGCUCGCAGUACCUUAAUGAUUCGCUGGUCGUCCUGAGGGCGGCCGUCGACCACGAGCCAAAUGAGCCGGAAAAUCAAAUGGCCUUAGGAAAUACCUACAUGUUACUGUCGGAAUUUAACCGAUCGUUCGAAGCGUACAAAGCGGCGGAGAGUCUGGACUCGGUGUAUGCGGAGCACAAUGAUUACAUUAGGAAGUCGAUUAACUGUUUCAAGGAUCUUAAGAUCAAUCUGCUGACAAUGGAAAGAUUGUUGCAGGAUAUUAUUCCUGGGCUGGAGAGAUAUGGUGCUCUUCAGAAGGAGUUUGAUGAAUAUCAUGAGAAACUAGACCGGGAGCAGGCUCCCCUAAAAACAAGGGUCUUCGACGAAGCCUACAGCAAGCAGGUGGACUUCUUGAUCCAGCGCAGCCAGAUUUGCACCACCCGGAUGACGAAGGAGAAGAGCGAACCGAUCCUGUCGUGCGAUUUCAUCUCGGACGUGCAGAUGCUGAUGGAGGACUUUGCCGUCGAGAUCCUCAAUAACUACGUCGAUCUCAAGAAGGAACUAAUCAAUACGUACAAAAUCAACUCCCUGGGGAUUUACAAGAAAAUCUUCGUGGAACAUUUCUGAGUGCUGAAAUUGUUAUUUUGAGCGUUUCGUUUAUAUUUUUGCAAACUCCCAGUACUUUUCUGUAGCGAUUAUUUAUUUAAACUUGGAUAGAAACAAAAGUUAAUUCAGGUGAUGUAUUGUUUGCACAACUCUUUCACAAACAAAGCAAAGCAGUUUGUAAUGAAGAAAUACAAAUUUUAUGAGGUAUCAAAACAUAGUACUUAGUGCCCACCUGUUUCUC